ACGUCUUUGUCAUUUCUCAAGGAUCCUCUCAUCCGCUUGUUUCCCUACUGGUCUUCCAUUUUGUGUUCUCUCUCAUACACUGUUUUCCUCCCACUCCUCUCCACAUCCUUCUUCCCCUUUUUAUACCAUACUGGUUUUCUGAGAGGCUUCAUCCUGGCCGGCAAUAUUCCAGCCAAGGGGGAAGAGGACUUCCUGACGCUGGCCGCUUCACGGCUCAGCCGCAGGAAACGCGUAAUGGGAGCUGCUGUAGGUGUGGCCAUGGUUCUAAUACUGUUGGUGGCCAUUCCCCUGCUGGUCCACAGAACCAAAGGGGGCAACACCGAAAAUACAGGAAGCCAUUAUGAAAUGCUUGGAAGCUGCAGGAUGGUAUGUGACCCCUAUGCUACGUCUCAGCCUGGCCAAGAGUUGACAGCUGUGUCUCCACCGCCCAAGGAUUACUCUGGGAAGAAGCUAAAGUCUGGGCUUCGUGGGCCUCCAGGAAUCCCUGGCCCUCAAGGAGCACGUGGAUCCCCUGGAGAGCCAGGCAAACCAGGGCCACAGGGGCCCCCAGGUCCAGGUCCUGGUGGCUAUUCUCCCUCACUCUACACUCCCAAAAUCGCUUUUUACGCAGGGCUACGCAAGCAGCACGAGGGGAGUGAAAUACUGAAGUUUGAUGACGUGGUGACCAACGUAGGUAACUACUAUGAGCCCAGCACCGGCAAGUUUACCUGUCCUCUACCUGGCAUCUACUUCUUCACCUACCAUGUUCUAAUGAGAGGUGGUGAUGGGACCAGCAUGUGGGCAGACCUGAAGAAGAACGGACUGGUAAGAGCCAGCGCCAUCGCUCAGGACGCUGAUCAGAAUUACGACUACGCCUCCAACAGUGUGAUCCUGCAUUUGGACGUGGGUGAUGAGGUGUGUGUGCAGCUGGAUGGAGGCAAGGUCCACGGAGGGAACACAAACAAGUACAGCACCUUCUCCGGCUUCCUCAUCUACCCAGACUGAAUCCUUGCGGAGAAUGGACACCAACACACACAUAGACGUAAUUACACUUACAUGUACGCAAAAUCAAAGCACAUAUACAGACAUGCACGCACACGCACACACCACACACAGACAUCCUGAGAUUACAACAGACGAAAGAACCGUGGAUUGAGUGAAAAUCUAAGAUAAAUGGGAUUAAGCCGAGUUGUGUGAUUUGAGCCAGUCAUCAUGAGCAACUGCAAUUAUUUGGUGCAAAUAUGAAUAACAGAAGAUGUACAGUUUAGGUGCAAAUAACAAUUGCACAUUGCGGCUCUGGAAUAUUUAAAAUACCUAAAUGUGUUCCAUAUUAACUGAGAUUGUGCAAACCAGAAUAUAACAAACACCAUCUAAUUGUUUUUUUUUUAUGCAAUAAUGGUGUUGAGGGUGCCAUUAAUAAAGAUGACUAAGCUGAGACAAAUGCACCAACUGUAUUUCAGUCUUUACCUUUUACAUUUCUGCUCUCCAGUCCAAUGACCUCUGAUCGAAUGGCCGGCAUAUAUUUUGCAACUCAUCAUUGUUAAAAUAUUCUUCCCUGAAGUGAAUAACACCAGUUGAAAUGUAAUCCCUGUUGUGAUUCACCCUGCAAUGGGGCCGUAUUAAAUCAAAUGAGGCCAUCUGAAUAAACACAGAUGUACGACCUUUGGAAUCCUGUUUGCGUCAUGAUGCAGGAUAUCACGGCAAGAUAAAACAAAACAUAUUACAAGACAACACAGUUUAUGUAUGGCACUUGUGUGUGAUGAAGUUUUAAUUGCCAAGUUUAUUAUUGACAAUAGAGGGUAUGCACGUGACGUCACCUUCGGUGGAAGUCACUGCCGUAACGCCCACUGAGUGGCAAUGCUACAGACUGUCAAAAGUUUAAGAGAAGAGAAGCAAAUGGAUCGCUGCAAUUUGCAGAAACAACUGGAAUCCAGGAAGCUGUUGGUUUGCCCGUUUUUCGGUAGGAAAGUGACGUCAACGCAUACCCUCUAUAUUGUGUGUGUGUGUGUGUGUGUGUGUGGGGGGGGGGGGGGGUCAGUAUGUACGAGUGGAACUACAGAUACUGUAAUAUAAUGAAGAAUUGAAAAGUAAGAAAUGCAGUGUUUCACUUUCAUUAAAUGUUGUAUAAUACAUUACCGGCACGUUACUGUAAUUACACUGCCAUAUCUACUUAGUACUUUAUUUUUGAGAAACUCUGUCAAAGUAUCAUCAUGUGUAUAAACACAGUAAUCCUGGGAUGGCUAUCUGGUAUGUUGAAUAAGCUGAGUAGACAAUUGCUAUUAAAAUAUCUAUAGCUAACUUGUCUGUGUUCAUGCAUGUUGUUUGGGCGUGAAGG